ACGAUUAUCUAUAUAUACGCUUACCUUGUGCCGGUAUGUAACAUCCAAAUGCAUGCGACAAGGUUUUGCGGAUCUCCCGACUACCGACGACGGGCAGCAUUGUAAAACCGCGCGCUACCUUAACAUUGAACGUGGUGCACAUCACAAACAAUUUCAACCAUCACGUCCCAUUGUCACCACGAUUUACGCAUAUAAAGCAGCCGAAAGUGCUAGCAGUGGGAGGUUACUGUACCAAAUCGAUCAAAGGUACCCAAAGCCUGUACCAGAAGCCAAUGCAACAUACCCGUUGGUAGACACCCUAUCAUGCUGUUACUUCAGUUCGUGAUUGAACUGCUUUCGAUCGGUAUGAGAGUGUAAAGCGUUCCAGCACUAAACUAAAUGUACUAUCGAUCGUUUCGAAAAGUUGUGAACAGAUUAGAAAGUGAACUGAAUUCCCAACAAUGGCUUCUGGGUGCAUCCUCGUGACAGUGCUGGCUGUUUUAUCAUUGUUCUCGCUUGUGAUGAGUAAACCAUUCCUGGGAGAUCUACUGGCACGUGCGAUAUCUUCGUCUUCUACACCCGACGAUCCACAGUCGCAUAUAACCGAUUUUCGUAUGAUGACGAAAAUGGACAAAAAGGCUGAUAAAUUGCAAUUGAUCGAUGUGAACAAGAACCAAACAUCGAAAAUGGCAAAUCGUACGGAAGAAGAACAACCGAUAGAAAUCGACACCGAAAGCUCGAUCUCCACUACUCCAGCGAGCACACUUUGGCAACGGUGGAACAGAACCGACUUUUUGGCUCGUAUCAUAGACGACAUUUUGAAACCAGCACAAGAACGUAUUACCCUAGUGUUUCAAACGUUAGUUCCCAAAGAUGGGGGAGCAGAUUUGUCAAGAGAAAAACAAGUUUCAACAAACGACACGCGGACAGAUCUUCAGUUAAACUCUACCAAGGACGAUGCAUUCGAUGAACUCAGCGCAGACCUGGAUCAUCUGCAGCAAGAAAGUGAACCGGCUUUGAACGAAACCACCACCCUGUUGGGACAGUUCCAAGCGCGACGAAAUGUGCUGAGACGCCGUGUAGCAAAAGCACUAUCAUCCAUUACGGGGCUAUUGAUAUUGGCGGCGAACACGCGCAAAGAAGGGAACGCACGCAGUACUCGAUCGAUAGAAACGUCUCCCGAUGGGCACGGCUACUGGACAGGUGAACGACACGGACCGAUAUAUCUGGCACCGAAUGAAAUUACACGGUACAACGAUCGUAUCGAGACGGUUGUUGAGGCAGAAGACAACGAUGAAGCGAGACCCCGACGGAACGCGGAAUCGAUCGGUAUAUUUAUACUGGAAGUGGUCGGAUCAAUGGCAGGAUUUUCGUGGGGCAUAUUUAAACAGGUUCAAUCUUUCUUUUGGUAUGCAAUAAGCUAAAGAUGCGUUGCAUUGCUAGUUUCAUUCUACACUGUGUAAAUAUAUUAUUUUUGCAUUUUUUAAAGUGCGUCAUAAGGUAAUGGGUUGUCUAGUUGUCUAAAUCACAAUCCAAACUGUAGCGGAGGCACAACUUCCAGCGUCAUCGAUAUCUGGCUAUUGCGAGUGUUUAAGUCUUUUUGAGUAGGAGAAUAAAAAAGAAUACAAUUACUAAAAACUAA